AUGAGCGAAUUCCAAAGCACUCCUUUACAUAGAGCUGCCGGGAAAGGUAACGGAAAGGCAAUAAAACAUAUGAUUCAUAAUGAACGAGGUUUUCAGCCAGAUGAGUUACUUCAGAUCUUGAAACUUCAUGAUCCAGACCAAAGAUCUGGAAAGACUGCUUUGUCCCUUGCUGCUAUUGCCGAAAAUCUAGGAGCUCUGCAUGCACUUCUAGAUUUCGAUGCCAGCAUAGCAGAUACGCCAGAUACGACAUUCGAAGAGGCCUUGAAAAAAGGCAAAGAAAAUGUCGUCGAAGCAUUUUUGCAACAACCUGAACUCAGACGGAAAUUUGCCACUACCGACUACAUUCUUUUAGCGAUUCAACCAUUGAAAGAAAUAAACGAAGAGACAGUCAAAGAUGAGAAACAUACUGAGAGAUAUAACAAACAAGUGGAGGUCAUCAAUGCUCUGAUCAAAGCUGCUGAGGGCCAGCAGAGUGGAACUGAUGAAAGAGUGAUUGAGAAGAUAAUUCAGCUCAACUUGGAGAGCUUCUGGAGCGAAAAUGAAACCAUUUUCAAUUCCGACACGUCUGGGCUACUUCAUCUGGCUGUCCAGCACCAAAAUGUUGGAUUUGUGAAGAAAUUUCUGCAAUACGAUGAGUUGGUCACUACCCAGGUUCAUGACCACUACCCACUCUGGCACAACAACAAUAUUAUGGAAAAUUCUACGUCUACUCAUCGGGCGUUGAAAGAUGAUGAUAGCAAAAGAAUCCACAAGGAAAUUCGCAAUCUCAUAGUUGCAGCGACUAUUAAGAGCAAAAAGGUUCGCAACAUGCAGGACUUGGUCGAGAUUUUUCAGCUGUCUGACGUCAACGAACUGUGUUUUGAUCUUUCACGAUUCAAAUCGGAGGAUUACAGCGUUUCGGACUUUGUUCAUUCGCUCAUCAAUCAUCAAGACUAUGCCAAUCUACUAUCUUAUGAAGAGACGCUUAAAUAUGCCACGUUUCCGGCCCUAGAUCUCAAAACUGACAACAAAGAGAUAUUUGGCGGAAAUAUUCAAUUUGACCACAAGGAGAUUUUCAUGACUCUAGAUUGGUUAAAGAAGGUGAAGAACGUCAAGCAUAUUAUCGAACUGACAGUUCUAGAUCGACUUGUGAAUCCUCAUGAUGAGGUCAUCAUAGGCACCUAUGUGAAACAGUUUGAGGUGGAAGCUCUCAACUGGAGAUUAUUAGACCUGUCUAUAUCGGUUUUCAAGAACUCAAAUUCUUCUGAGAACAAUGCACUGCAACAAAUCCGAGAGCUUCAUCUUUAUACCGGCGGCAAGCGAGCAGUAAUCAGUCACUGGUUGAGCGAUGAUGGGAUCCGCUCCCUUACAAAUGUAGUCGGUGUUAGUAUCCGGCCGUGGAAUCCGACAAAGGAAAGAGAAGCAGACUUGGGAGAGAUCGGCUCUGUGACAUUCCGUCCAACCAGAGUUGCCGUGAUCGAUAAUGGGAUUUUUAGCUUUUCCCCAUUGGUAAAAACUCCAGCCAUCUUAAACGCCACUAAUAUUUCUGAAACUUCAUCUGCUCUCAAUUCAACAGAGUCUUUGGAGAUCAACAGCAAUGCUCCGAACGGAUACCAAAAUGGGAAAGGUGGUAGACCCAAGACUUUGUGGUCACGCAUCCAGAAUGGCCGAUCUUUCGUAGACGACGAAUCCAGCCUUAGUCCUUGGCUAUUUGCGUCUGAUCCGCAUGGAACCCAGAUGGCAAAUAUGAUAUGUGCCAUUGAUCCUUGUUGUGAUCUUUACGUGGCCAAGGUGGCUGAAGGGAGAUCUGGCAUCAUCCCGGCGCGAGUUGAACGAGCUAUCAAGUGGGCAAUAAGCCAAAAUGUCGACAUUAUCUCCAUGAGCUUCUCCAUUCUAGAAGGAACACAAGGACUCGAUAAUGCUUGUGCCGAUGCUUGGCACAAUGGAAUCAUCAUACUCUGCAGCACCCCUGACGAAGGCUUAAACACCGAGAAAAGCUGUAUAUCGGGUUACAGCGAUACGAUGACCAUUACGGCUUGUGACGAAUUUGGAAUAUUGAGCCCAAAUGCACCGCCAGACUAUAAUUAUGCAAUUAAAGGCAUCGACGUGGCUGCGGGCAAGGUCCCCUUUCUUGAUUCAAAGGACUGCAUAUCAGGAAGUUCAGUCUCUACAGCCAUUGCUGCGGGAUUGAGUUCACUGAUUUUGUCUUGCGAUCGACUGGCAAAGGAACGUCGCAGUUAUGAGCGAGGUGAUAGAGCUAGAAUUGUGAAGCAUCAUUUUGGAAAAAUGGCUGCAACAAACAAGAAAUACAUCAUCUUGGAAAGGUUUGCAGGGAUUGACAAGAAGAUUCAGGAUGGCCGAUACAUUGACGCCCGGGACAUCAUAGAAGGAUUUUUUGCUGAAGAGAAGUAUAGUGAGUAAAGCCGGGCAAGUUUCUUUCUCAUGUUUUUUUUUUGUACUAGAUCUCCCCAGCCCCAGACGUACCUGGUGGUUUAAUUUUUAAUACGAAUACGUUUCAUUUGUUUCGAGCAAAAGUAGUGGCCGCAUCUCUUCAUGCCUAAGCUUACAUGGUGCGUAGAAGCUUUUAGUAAGAGAGCCAUUGGACCAUUGCUUUGGGGAGCCGUCAACCUAUCUGUCGACAUAUCACCACUUUUAUAAGGCCACACCAAAGAGGUUUGCAAUCCGUCAUGGUUUGUAACCAAGACCUCCGAUAUCGUGGCAUCCAAUCUUGUGAUUUCAAAUACAUGUGCCAAGCACGAGCACAAGAUGUACCAUUAAGGAUGAUAGUUGUGCCUGUAGAUAGAACGGCCGCUUACACGGUUUAUAGCUCUCCACUCAGAUGCACUUGAUUCAACGAAAGCCUCCAAAAGUAAAGUCGGGCUUUGUGAGUUAAUCAACACACACG